GAUGAUAAUACUUAAGUUAACAUAGACCUCACAUAGAAAACUAUGCAUCUAAGCACAUUUCUAGAAAUGACCAAAAUCUUAGAAACUUACUUAUAUUGAUCUUCUAAAAUACCCUUUUCUCAUCAAAUCUCAACUUUCAUUAAUUCCCUAAAACAAAUAUCUCAUAAUUAAAAAAAAAAAAUGCCCUCUUUUUUUCUACUAUUUUCCACCACCAUAUUUCUACUAUUUUCAUCAUCUUUAUCUUCGACUUCGCCUUUUUCUCCGAGUUGCGAGAACGAAGGCAAAGUCAUAUUCUCAUUUCCAAGCUUCAACCAAUCAAGUUGUAGCCAUGGAAGUGAUCUUUUAUGCAUGGAUAAAGUCUCCCCCGGAAAAGGGUACUUAAAUUUGACGACGAUUUCGGCGAAUAGUACAGGAACGAAUGAUUUCAUGACCGUAGCAAGAGUUUUAUACCAUAAACCAGUUCAAAUAUGGCCUGCUUCAUUUUGUACAAGUUUCUCCUUUAAUAUAUUUCCUAGAUUAGACCAGAUUUAUACUGGUGAUGGUAUGAGUUUUGUUAUUGCUCCUGAUAAUAAAUCUUCUCCUCUUAAAAGUGCUGGCUCUUAUCUUGGUCUCAAUGAUCCUUUACUUGCAGGUAAAUCCGACUUCCAACAAGUAGCAAUCGAGAUGGACACAUACGCCAACGAAUGGGAUCCAGACGGAAACCACAUAGCAAUCGACACAACAAGUGUAAUGCAUUCAUUAAUCGCUAAAUCUCUAAACACUUCCAACAUCACUCUAAAAAAUGGAAAACAAAUAAGAGUCAAAAUCAAAUACAAUGGCUACACAAAACAAUUCCAAAUCUUUGUGGGUUAUGAAGGGGACCCACUUAAAUCCUUCCUUAAUUACACCCUAAAACUCUCAAAAAAAAUCCCAAGUUUUUCUUACAUAGGUUUUACUGCCUCAACCGGGAUUUUAACCGAAACCCACCAAUUACAUGAUUGGGUUUUUACCUCUAAUAUUUUACCAAAUUGGACGGUAAAAGAUAACAAGAAAAAGGGUAUUAUUUUGGCAUGUGUUUUGCCGGUGGUUUUGGGGUUGGCGGUGUUUGGGGUGGUUGUUAUGGUGGUGUUUCGACGGCGGAUGGUGAGGAGGAGGGAGAGGGAGAGGAGAUUGGAAGAGCUGGAGAGACAGUAUGCGGCAAAUGCACCAAGGAAGUUUACUUAUAAACAAUUGUGUAAGGCUACUAAGAAUUUUAGUAAGGAAAAUUUGUUGGGUAUUGGUGGGUUCGGUAGUGUUUAUAAAGGGCAGAUUUCUGAUCCUCCUCAAACUGUUGCUGUUAAGAAGAUCUCUGCUACUUCUCAGCAAGGUGAGAGGGAAUAUAUGGCAGAAAUAGGCACAAUUGGAAGGCUAAGGCAUAGAAACAUAUUACAACUUCAAGGUUGGAGUCAUGAAGAAGAAAGUCUUCUUCUAGUAUAUGACUACAUGGCCAAAAAGAGUCUAAACGAGUUCCUCUCAGGAAGAUGUUUUCUUGAUUGGAAGACAAGGUACAAGAUACUAAAUGGGCUGGCCUCAGCCUUGUUAUACCUCCAUGAAGAAUGUGGUGACCCUGUGGUGCAUAGAGAUGUCAAGCCUAGCAAUGUCAUGUUAGAUGCCGAUUUCAACCCUCGUCUUGGCGAUUUUGGACUCGCUCGAUUGCUUAAAAACACGCAAGGAGUCACUACUAUGGUGGCCGGAACAUUAGGUUACAUGGCCCCAGAGGUGAGUUACACCGGCAAAGCAACAACCGAGUCUGACGUCUAUAGCUUUGGAGUGGUGGCAUUAGAGGUUGUGUGUGGGAAGAGGUUUAGUAAUCUUCUAGGGGAAAGUUGUUUAGUGGAUUAUGCAUGGGAUAUGCAUGCAAAUGGUAAACUUGUAGAAUGUGUGGACCCUAAACUUGGAAAGAAUUUCGAUGAGGGCGAAGCCAUCAGGAUUUUACGUGUAUCACUUGCGUGUUUGCAUUUAGAUUCGAAUCUGAGACCUACUAUGAGAAAAGUGGCUACCGUUUUCAGGAAUAAAGAUGAACCUAUUAUUGACCUUCCUGAUACUCGUCCCAAAGGAGUGUAUGUGUCGAUACAUGGAUUUUCAAAUCCGCCUAGCAUGGCGAAUCCAAAAUCGGGUAACCCGUUGUUGGCAUGGCCCGAAUACCCUUCUUCUAGCCACACUUCAAAUUAUCCUGAUGAUUCUUUGUUGAUGCCUCGUUAACAAAUGUUAUAUUAUUAAUUAGUACUCUAGUAAGGUAGGUUUACUUUAAAGAAGGUUUUAGCAUAACAUAUGAUUUUGCUCCGGCUUUGUAUAUGAUAAUGUUGUAUUAUUAUAAGAUUGGAGAUACAAAAGUGUUGCAUAAUGUAUAUAUAUGGUAGAUGUUUUUGUCUUGGUUGUAGUAAUAAAGUUGCUUGUUUUUGUCUUUUAUCUUGGUCUAUUUGGUUAUUGAUACUAAAAGGUAGUAAUGACACUGAAUUGUAGUGUAAAUUUUCAUGAAAUGGCCUAUGUUAUUUCCAUGGUAAUGAAUUUUUUAUCAUUUUAA